AAAAUGUGCUGUGCUGGUCAUAGGGUAGUUUGGAUAUGAUAGCGAUUGGUAAUGUUAGGGAGUUGUGGACUGUGAUGUUAGCUUUAGUAAAAAAAUGCCAGUUUCAGCAUUUGAAGCGAAGAAAGUUUUGUAGUUUUACAGUAAACCUAUUCGCAACAACUUUAAAAAGCUCUAAAUUUGACAAUACUAUGAAGUUGAUGAAGAUUGACGACUUGUGUUACUGUUGCAACUUUCUCAGUUUCUGUUUCAAAGUUUCAUUUCCAGUUAAGAGUUCAGUGGGAGAGAUUAGACAUACUGCCACAUAGUCAGUUUUAGUUUUUACGUUGAGAGAAAGUACCCUCUUCAUUUUACAUCAUCAUCUAGACAGUAUAGAUGUACCAGACUGUAAUUUUAGUUUUAUUUAGAAAUUGGGAAUCGUUUGUUUUGACCUACCAAAUCAUUUGUGCAGAAAAUGAAUCAACUGCUUGCAUGGUGCACAUUUUAACUUGAUUAUUGAAGUUUGUCAGACAAUAAGAACAGUAUUAGUUAACUUGGAUUGUGGAAUCUCUAUACUUCGAAACAACAAUGUCACUUUUAUGCAUAACAGUGAGACGAGCAAGACUAGUUGGAGUUGGUGGUCCGUACAAUAGCUAUGUAACAUUAAAACUUCAAAAUGUAAAAUCAACAACUGUUGCAGUUAAAGGGAACAAUCCAAGUUGGGAACAAGACUUUAUAUUUGAAACUAAUUGCGUAGACACUGGAAUGAUUAUUGAAGUCUGGGCUAAAGGGAUGCUCUGGGAUAAACUUAUUGGAAGUCAGUGGUUUCCUUUGAUGAGUGUUCAGUAUUCCAAGGAAGUGGGGCAAGGGCAAUGGCUCUCUUUAGAUGCAGAGCUGGUGAUGAAUGAUGGAGAUAUAAUUGGUACAAAAACACCAACUGGGCACAGCAUUUUAAUAGAGGCUCAUUUUGAGCUUCCAUUUGAUUUGGAAGGUACUAACUCCCCUGAACUUCAGCAUAAGCUAGAAAUUCUUAAUCGUUUAAUGGAUGAAAAGCUUGAAGCAGUCAGAGAACACCAGCCUCAUCAGCUUAAUUCUUGUGUAUCAGAGGACAGUGACUACACUAGUGAUGUAGGAUAUUCUGCCAACCAACACCCAAGUGCCUCUGUGGACUACCCUAAGUAUUUAGCUUCACAUUUUGGUGGUGCUUCAAAUCUAAGCAAUAGAACUUUCCAGUAUGAUGAAUUAUUAGUGGAUCAGGACACUUCUUUUGAGCUUGAUCACUGUAAUGAAAAGAUUUAUGAUGAUAAAGUUUAUCAUCCAAAAGAUGGUGAUGCUUGGAUGAAAGAAAGUGACUCAGACUCAGAAUUAAUGUAUUAUAAUAGCAGACCUCCAGAAAAAUAUCUCGAAAGAGAAAGAUCAUCUUAUGUAACACAAUGGUGUGGAAAGUUUGGCUACAGUAACAGCCUUGAAUAUGAGAGUGAUCAAAGUUUUUCAUUUGAUACAAAUGACCAACUUAUGUACCAUGACUGUGAAAAUAGGUAUGAUGGAGAAGUAAUUGAAGUAACUCCGAGUUUACCUGAAGAUUUAGACAUCAGAAGCAGUUUGGAACAACAAAAAGUGUUUGAUCAGAAAAUGUUAAAUGACAUGUAUGAACCAUCUCAGAAUAACUGUCAACAAGAUUCUAACACUCCCGACAGUGAUUUAGACAUAAGAAGCAGUUUGGAGCCAGAAGAAGAGUUUGACCAGAAAAUGUUAAAUGAUAUGUAUGAAUCAUCUCAGAAUGACUGUCAACAAGAUUCCAACACUCCUGACAGUGAUUUAGGCAUCAGAAGCAGUAUGGAGCAACGACAAAAGUUUGACCAGAAAAUGUUGAAUGACAUGUAUGAAUCAUCUGAGAAAGACUGUCAACAAGAUUCCAACACUCCUGGCAGUAUGGAUGCCUACAAACAAGACAGUGCAGAUAGUACUGAGAAAUGGCAGGAAGUAAUGCAUAAUUUAUGUCAGCUUUCUUGGGAUCCAGAGAUUCAAUCAUUUGAAACUGAAGAAAGUGAUUCUCCUUCUCAGGAACAGUGGAGCUCUGUUGAACAACCUUCCAUUCCAGAACAGUUUUAUGAAAGAACUGAAGACCAACUUGUGAAGCCAGAUGAAGUGUCUCUGGAACAUGAAGAAAAAAAAGAGCAAGAUGUAAUAAAUCAGCUAUCAUUUAUAGAGACUGAUACUAGAACUGAUAGAGAAAUCAUGUCAAAACCAAAGGAUCUGUGGUUAACAGCAUUUAAUAAAAUAAUUUCUCAGCUAAAUGAGGUUUUAAUCUUUUUCAGAUUAUGCUGUAUGUGCAAGUUCGCAGAGGCCCUUGGAAUCCUGGUAUUUGAUACACUUGGUGUUAAGGUCCUGAAAAUUCUAUCGAGACUGUGUUUAAAGUGUUUGAGGAGACCGUGUCCUUAGGUUAGCGUGUUGGGCUGUGGAAUGAAUAUUCCGUGUUUCGAGGCGCGAUAACGCUGUGCACUUUUAGCUGUGGACGCAUUAUAAAAGUGACAGUUAGUAAAUUUUUUGGAUUCAAAGUCAUUGUGGCAACAAGCGGUACUAACUGGGUGUUUUUCCUAUAGUCAUUGUACCGGAUGUGGCCAAGUGCUUAACAUAC